UGCUGCAGCAUUGUGUUUGGAUGGCAGCACUGGGAUGGUGGCAGCAGGACAGUGCCAGGCUGUGCUGACCCCAAAGAUUCUGUCACAGAGCAAAAAAUGGGCUGGCAGGGCCUCUUGGAUAGUGGAUGUGCAGAUCAUCCCUGCUCCCCUUCCUCUCUCAGCAGUCAUGCUCAUCCCCACAUUCCUGCAGCACUGCCCAGGUCACACAGACCUCCUCACCUCACUUAUCCUGGGCACCUUGCCACCUGGCCACCCCCCUCAUGGCUGCUAGCCUGGCACCUGCUGUGCCCACAGGACUCCAGUUACAGCCCUAUAAAGGAGGCCAGGCAGGGCACAGAGCUGGGAGGGAACCGUGCUGGACAGUUCACAGCUCCACAGCCAUGGGGAGCAGUGCUUUCACCCUGGUCCUUGUCCUGGCCCUGGUAACAUGCGUCACCCCUGCAGAGAGAAAGUGUCAGCUCAGUGGGCUGUGGAGGAAUGAGCAGGACUCGCUGAUGGAGAUUUCAGCAGUGAGGGACAACGGGGACUUCCAGGGGAAAUACCUGACGCGGGUCACCCUCACCGGCAGCUGCGCCUACACCUCCCCACUGAAGGGUGCCCAGCAGCAGCCCACUGAUGGGGUCUGGCCCACUUUCGCCUUCACCGUGCACUGGGACAAGUUCUCCAACGCCACCACCGCCUUCACGGGGCAGUGCUUUGUGGACACGGGUGGAAAGGAGACACUGACCACCAUGUGGCUGCUGCGUGAAGCCGUCGGGUCCCUCGAGGAGGACUGGAAAGCCACAAGGGUAGGCAGAAAUGUCUUCACACGCAAACGCACCUCGAAAGGAAAGACCCUGCUGAGCUUGUCACAAUCCUGUGAGCAUGCAGCUUCACCCACCCCAUGACAGCACCCUCCAGCUACAGACUGGCCCCACCAAGGGAAGUAAAAUCAGUCUCUCACAUUAAAAAAAAAAAAAUUAAAAAUCA